AUGCAUUCACUUCGUCCGAUAACAAUAAAAUCUUCCCGGCAGUUAGCCACGGCGACAAGACGAAGACCUACCCCAGUGAGGAAAAUUUCAAAAGAGGAGACCAAAAAGUAUUCUUUUUACGACUUGGUAUUACGUACUCCCUCACAUCCACGACAUCCCAUUGAGGCGCUGUUGAUGAAAGAUAGCGAACUAAAGGAAUUGAAGAAACAUACCAAAGUUCGAUUCGAAGGUAAUUAUUCCCUUGAUCCAAACAUCACCCCCGAAGAACGUAUAGCCAGGGUUUUUGGUGGUAGGCUUAAAGGUGAAGAUCGUCAAGCUUCAAGUAGAAUAGAACGUGGUGAACCAAAAGUAAUUGCUGGAAUAACUGUGCCAUCACGUCCACCAGAACCAGACAAUUGUUGUAUGAGUGGAUGCAUCAAUUGUGUUUGGGAAUUAUUUCAAGAUGAUUUGAAAGAUUGGAAUGAGAAGCGGGACAAGGCCGCGAAGAAAUUGGUGGCUAAUGGUGGAAGAUGGCCCGAGAAUUUCAACCCACCUUUGAAAGUAUUAAGAAGAGAAAAUUAUCCGCCAAGUUUAGCAGACUUGCCCGAUGAUGAAUUAACUCCUGAGAGAGUUGAAGGUGCUGUUCAGGAUGAGACUUGGGGUGAUGUACCAAUAACAAUUCGAGUGUUUACAGAAGUCGAAAAGAAAAUCAAAGCAAGACGUAAGCAAAGAAUGGAUGAUUUGGCAAAACAUUCUAAGGAAAGCACUUCCGAUACAUCAUCUAAGACCAAUCAAAGUACUACGAGUAAACAACAUACGCAAGAGCAGUCACUACAAAGCAAUACUCACCAAAAGCAUUUGCAACAUGCUCAAUAA